AUGGCACUUACACUUAAUCAAACAUUAUCAACUAUUGAAACAAUUGGUGGUAUUGAUCAAAUAAAAGAAUUACAUUGGUAUCCAUUUUUUCCAGGUCAAUGUCCACCAACAUAUAGUAUUAUAUUACAAGGUUUUUGUGCACCAUUAAUAAUUAUUAUUUCAACUGUAUUAAAUUCUUUAAUUGCUGUUGUUCUACUUCAAAAACAUCUUCGUUCACCAACAAAUAUACUUCUUUUAGCUAUUGCACUUUAUGACACAUUAACAGGACUUUUUCCUUUUCCAGCUUAUUUAUUUGUAUUUACAUUUCGACAAUGUAAUGAUUAUAUACCGUAUAAUUAUGGAUGGUUUCAUCGAAUUAGUCAUGAUGUACUACCAUUUAUUUUUCAUACAUGUUCAAUAUGGGUCACUGUUGUAUUAGCUAUUCAACGUUACAUAUAUGUAUGUUAUUCUGACAAGGCUAAACAAUGGUGUACUGUACCGAUGGCAUUAAAAGCAAUUGCUUGUGUCAAUAUUUUAGCAUUGAUUGUCGCUAUACCAAUGUUUAUUGAGGGCACAUUUAGGCCAGCACUAGUUCGUUCGUUACUUGACCCAAAAAAAGUCUUUAAUGCAUGUACAGUUGUUGAUUAUUCUGAAGAUCCAAAAUAUAGCAAAUUAUUUUCUAUUUAUUCACUUAUUCGAGCUUUAUUAAUUAAUGUCGGACCAUGUACAGUACUUGUUAUAUUAAAUGCUAUUUUAGUUGGACGUAUGAAAGAAGCUAAAAAAAAUCGAGAUAAACUUAUACGACGACGUAGUUAUGAAGCUCGAACACAAGAACAAUCAAAUGUUACAUUCAUGCUUAUUAUUGUAGUAACUAUGUUUUUAAUUGUUGAAAUACCUAUGGCUCUUUAUUUAAUUAUAUCAGGCGUAUUAAGAGCACUUAAAUCAGAUUUUCUAGCUGAUUUUUUACGUUUUGCUGUACAAUUAUUAAAUUUUGCUGUUUUACUCUCAUAUCCAAUAAAUUUUUUUAUUUAUUGUCGUAUGUCAAGAGCAUUUCGAGAUGCAUUUACAAAACUUGUAUGUCCAUCAUGUGUUAGAAUUCGACAACAACGUUUACAAUCAAUAGCAACACCAUUAAUUGGAAAACAAUGUAUGACAAUGGCAAAUAUUGAUCAAUUAGAACUUAAUAAUACAAAUAUGGAAAUAAAAAAUUCAAAUAUUGAAAAAAUACCGCUAUCAUCUGUGAUAUUAAAUUCUACAACAAACAAAACAUAUACAUCAAUAUAUAAUAAUUCAUUAAAUCAUCCAAAUAAUAAUGACAUAAAAAAGACUUCAAUUGGAUCAGUAGGAAAGCCAAGUGUUUCAUUUGGUAAUGAUGUUACUCAUGUGACUAAUACACAAUUUAUGGAUUUGUAA